AUGCCGCGUGGUGGCGGAGCCCAUCGACGGCUCAGCCAGGCGGCUCUAUCCUCUGAGUAUCGACGACAUCUCCGUGAGGCUGCCCAGUACAUGCUUCAAUUGGUUCACAAAGUGGGCGGGUCUAUCUCCCAGAGGUCCUCGCCGAGCCGGGUGGAUCGAUUCCUGGAGCGUGCUGUUUGCCUGGCCUUUGACUCGGGGGAAAAACGGUAUUGGGUGGUGCUGGGAGUUCUUGGUAUACAGAGGUCGCUCCGCAUCGCUGGGCCCUUGCUGAAGAACACUUGGACGCUAUUGCGAGGUUGGAGGCGGCUUGAACCGAUCAAGUCCCGGGUGCCCCUUCCCUUCCAUGUCCUACAGUGCCUUCUCAUCUUUUGCUUGGUUCGAGGCUUCCAAUUUCAUGGACAACUGCGAGCCGAGUGGUGGUCCGUCAUGAUUGGAUGCUGGUUGGGGUAUCACGCCUUACUACGGCCAGGCGAGGUAGACGCCCUCCGGAUGGGUGACCUACUUUUCCCUGUGGAUGGCGAGGUGGCUCAGGGUGCUGCGUUGGUGGCUACGUUGGUGGUCAUUGGCAUGUUCGAGGCACCAGCGGUUCUUGCGUGUUUCCAGAAGACGAUGGGCUACACUUUUCAAACAGGCGAUGGAAGAAAU